AUGUCAUCAGAUUUGUAUAAGUUUGUUGUGGCCACUGCUGGAGUCUCUCUGAGCAUAACUAGGCUGAUAUGGCUCAAGUGUAUCCCUCCUAAGGUGCAGGUCUUUGGUUGGUUUGCAUGGAAAAAGAGAUUGAAGACCAAGAAGUUCUUACUGAAGCUGGGUGUGAUUAACCAGGGUAUAUCUACAGCUUGUGUAUUCUGUGGUAGUGAGGGUGAAUCAGUGAAUCAUGUACUACUUUGGUGUCCCUUUGUGUGGAAGAUAUGGGCUGAAAUGCUAAACUGGUGGGAUGUCCAAGCUGUUAUUCCAGGCUCUGUGGAGAACCUCCUCCUGUGGUGGGCUGGAGGGAAGUGGAGGAAGAUAGAAAAGAAGAUUUGGAGAGCAAUACCAUUGGUGGUGAUGUGGUCAAUCUGGAAGUGCAGAAACGAGUGUCUGUUUAGGGCAACCAUCCCAAAUCUGGAGGACCUCUGUGAUCUAAUCAAGCACAGGAUUGCUUUUUGGGUAAAACCACAUCUUUCAGAUUUACAUUAUUCAGUGCAUGAUUUUGUCUUCAAUUUGAGGCAGGUCUGUAACUCAGUCUUGCUCUGUCUCUGA